AGACAGCCUCCCAUUCAUCAGAUUCAGAUCAGAUCGUAGCAGCCAAGGAUUCCGCGCUCCGGGGGUGCCAUGAAGCUGAAGCUCCUCUCUCCCUGCCUUCUCCUCCUCGCCUUCUUUGCCACCGCGGCGUACGCGGCGUCGGCGUCGGCGUCGCGCGCGGCGGCCGUCGUCAGGGGCGCGGGCGCCCCGUCGCAGUCGGAGUUGGAGUCGGACCCGGAGAACCAGUGCGUGUACACGGUGUACGUGCGGACGGGGUCCAUCUGGAAGGGCGGCACGGACUCGACCAUCGGCGUGACGCUGCUGGGCCCCGACGGCACGGGCAUCCGGAUCCGGGACCUGGCGGGGUGGGGCGGCCUCAUGGGCGCCGGCCACGACUACUACGAGCGCGGCAACCUGGACAUCUUCAGCGGCCGGGGCCCCUGCAUGAGCCAGGCGCCCUGCGCCAUGAACCUCACCUCCGACGGCACCGGCGCGCACCACGGCUGGUACUGCAACUACCUCGAGGCCACGGUCACGGGGCCCCACCUCGGGUGCGCGCAGCAGCUCUUCACCGUCGAGCAGUGGCUCGCCACCGACGCGUCGCCCUACCGCCUGUACGCGGUCGUCGACAAGUGCAAGACGAAGCGGCAGGAGCCGCGACGCUCGCCGGCCGGCGAGGCCGAGGCCACCGUGACCGCGCUCUAGGUACGACCAGUAGUAAAUCAUCGACAGAGGCUAGCUCCUGCCUCUGCUGUGUGUAAUUACUGUAUGUGAGUGACCGAUCCCAUCGGAUUGCGUU